AUGGUCAGACAGCACACCUUUGCUCGUACAGAAUUGAGAGUAGUUUUGGGCACCGCGAAGCAGCUCGACGAUUCGGCAGGAAUAAACCACUUUAAAGUGAAAAGCGCUCCACUGACCACAGCGAUGUCGUUGCCGCUUUUGAAAGCCAUUGAUCUUUCAUCCCUUGAGCCAAAAGAAGGAUGGUCGUUGAACGGCUUUUUAGCUGUGUUCGAAGAACAGCGGCAACGAAUCCAAUUUCAGUUACAGAAACGCAUUAAAUCUAUAGACCUUGCAAUCGAAAAAUUCAUUGCCUUGAAGGCCCAAAUAGCUGCAUUACCAACGGCAGUCAAAGAAAUGCCAUACUUUGAGUUCAUCAAAGAAGACCAUCAUAGCCCGACGCUGGAUGCAUCUGAAGUGAAAACACGAAGUCGUAUGGAAUGGGAAGAGUCAGUUCGUACACGGACCGGGAAACGUCCACGUCGUGGCGCACAGUGCACCACACAAAAACGGUUGCACCCAUCGACCGUGAAACGCGGUGCAAAUCCUGAUUCAGUGACAUUGAACUUACAGUCUAUCAUUGAAACCGAACAGGAACUUGCGUCCACAGAACCGGCAAACACUAAUCGAACCCUGACGGCUUCACGCGCUCGUGUCGCAAAAGUGCCGCGAUCUGCUAACGUAGUUGCGUCGACCCCUGCCACCAACAAGCCUGCUGUUUUUGCGGUCCCCACCUCAGCGCGACUCACUAGAUCCCGAUUGGCCGUGUCUCGUCAGCGGAUACGAAUAAUAAAACCCACAGAUACACUGACUUCGGGCAACGGAUCACCAGUACUAAAUCCGUUUGCGCUUGGUAAUGCAAACGCGGGCGAACCAAGCGCGAUCGAACUCCAGCUUUUGCGCACGAUACAAAAGCAUAUUCAAACAUAUUUAGGCUCAAUCAAGUCUUAG